AUGACGGCAUCAGCGGCCUGCUCCUUCUUCUUCGACGCCGAGCUCCUCGGCGAGUCCGGCAUGCCGGCGAUGGACGCGUGCGCGCUCUGCGCCAAGCCGCUGGCGCGCGACAGCGACGUCUUCAUGUACAGAGGGGACACUCCCUACUGCAGCGAGGAGUGCCGCCAGGAGGAGAUGCAGCUCGACGCCAUUUGCGCCAGGCAGGCCGCGCGGAGGCUGCAGCGGUUCUCGGCGGAGACGGAAUCCCACCGUAGGCAGCGACAGUCAAGGUCUCCAGGAAGGUGUCGGUCGCGAGCUAACUGGCCGGCCUUGCCUGAAGAACCAUCGAUGUCUCCGGCUCUCCGGCCAAUGCUCUAA